CCAUCUCCCACCCCUCUCCCCUUCCCGUGGGCAGGACGGCGAGUGGCCGCCGCCGUGCGCGCGCGGAGCGGGGCGGGGCGGGGCUGGCUUGCUUCCGGGUCCCUGCCAUUCGGUCUCGCAGUCGGAUUUGGAAUUCCAGUAGAUUCGAUUUUGGCGGUGGCGCUUUUCGUGCCGCUGGUUGGAUGUUGGGACGAACCAACCUGGAUUGGGGCCUGGGGAAUCUGAGCUGCCGAUUGCCUCUGUCCUUUCGAAUCUUUUUCAGCAACCUGAUGGACAGUGUGGUGUUAGGCUAUGCUUGCGAUUGCUUUGAUUCUGAGUAAGUAGGUUUUCUCAGCUGUUUCUGUGUGGCAGCUCUGAAUGGGAGCUCCUCAGCUUGAUUCAAGCUCGCCCGCAUGCCGCACACGAGCUUGUGCAUUGUCCUGUUCUCGUUGCAGUAAAUUCUUCCAAAGUAGAUAGCUGGAACAAUAUUUCUGAUGAAAAUGUACAAUCCAACUCGUCAACCAGCAUUUUGUUGUCUGUUUUGGUAUUAUUACUGUAACCGUGAGUCUAACAGAGUUAGGUUCAUAGUUUAGGACAGGAUACGGAACAGGGGUAGCUUCACAUUUCGGAUAAUUGUGCAGAAAUAUUGUUAGCUUGUACAAGGAGAUAAGAUUGACAACAAACUAGCCAUAUGAUGUGAUGCUACUAUUUUCACAAGGAUUUUCUCCCCUUUUCUAUUUGAAAUGUUGCAUUAUCAUAUCUCAUCGUAGAAAUAUGCCACAACUAGACAAACUAAGCAUCAAGCCUAUACACAAUAUUUCAGUUAGCAUGUAGAUUAUUUAAUUUACCAUGUUGUACACAAAUGGAAACCAUAUAGGUAAGAACCUAAUAUUCCAACUACAACUAGCCUUAUACAUAUUGAUUGUCAUACUCUUGCUGUGGACCUACUCAAAAUUGAUGUUUGUGGAAGAUGGAACAACUGGCUGUGAACUAACAAAUUUAGAAAGCAUUUCCUCACUUUUAUGUAUGCAGCUCAAUCAGUAGGAUAACCAUGGUGAUUUGUGAUUGCCUAUGGCUGGGUAUGAUCUGAUACAAAGUUGACAUAGCUUUGGUCCCUUAAUAACAUUCAUAGUUUGGUUAAUGUGUCUAAUGACGAUUGGAUGGAAUGAGGAUGAGUGUGUGCAACGUGAUUUGUUGUGAUUGUAUAGGAAGGCCCCCCACCAUUGGAAGUUGCCGAUCAAUGUGGAUUUUUUUAGCUCCUCUCCGUUUUUCUUGUUUAAUACAGUGAAAUUUACCACCUCUAGCAUUAAUGUGAGUCCUCCAUUCACAUCUCUGUUCUUUACCAAACCUGGUCAAAUACAAAGAACCAGAUCCUUGCUUGAAGUGGUCUGCUUUCUUGCCUGUUGUCCCCUGGAGAAUUUUCCUUGUUUUAUUCCCAGAAAUCUAUUAUAGGAAGUAAGCCACCAGCUGGAAGCCUGCAUCUCAUGCUAAACCAAAAGAUGAUAUUGGUUCGAAGUUUACGAGUCAUGGUGUUGGAUCGAGUCUCCUUAGCCCGGAUUAUUUGGCGACUAGUUAUGACUAAUCGCCCAAGUCGCCGCAACUAGUCAGGGGGAUUUACAGAGAGGGUGAAAGGAUGUUGAGGGUAAAGUUGCUGUUGUGGAGGACCUUGAAUGUGAUGUCAAGGUAGCGGUAGGUUCCUAGGCAAGGUCCUGGUGGCUGAAGCUGGGGUACGGUAGAUUGCGGUUGAUAAGGGAAGACAUAUUUGGCCCAUGAAGGCCCAUUUGAAAACCCUAGCUUUCUUGAUGUAUCUAACCGUCCAUACUUAUCCGAGCCAUCUGUACCAUCCAUCAGGAAUAGAAGAGUGGUAACUGCCCAGCAGUGCGUGGCCAGCACCAUACAUAGCCGCCGCCAGUGCAGAUCCCUUCUCUCUUCUCAUACCUUCUUCCCUCUUACAACAACUAGCGGCGGGGUAGAUCGAUAGCCGGCGGUGGCACUGUGGUCGAUUCCUCAUGGAAGACCUCGACAACUGCCCAAACCAGCACGCAAGCGUCUAGUGGGGGUAUUUUCUCCAGUCGCCUGCUGCUUCUUCCUCCAGUACAAGUAGUAGCUGUAGCAGCAGUCAUUUCUUCACAGGAAAAAAGCCCAGCAAGCGGUGAUUAGUCUGGACAGUAUAGCUUCCAACUCCCCACAUCUCAGAGCAGGUUUGCCAUGUCUUCCCCCAUCGCUUGUGUCGGUGAGCCAUUGGGAUCCGCCUCUGCCAUCGUCGCCACCUCGGCGAGAGGAUAUCAUACCCUCAAGAUCGACGGUUACCGGUGCACCAAGGCGACCCCCGCGGGUGAGUUCCUCCAAUCCAGUCAGUUCUUCGUCGGCGGCCAUUGCUGGCGCAUCUACUAUUACCCCAAUGGCAAGGACUCCGAAACAGUGGAUUAUAUUUCCUUUUACCUCAAACUCGAUGAAAUUGUAACCGAGGAUGUGAAGACAAUGUUCACUAUUAAUUUCGCCAAGGUGCUUGGGAAGCGACUGUCAUGGCCGUCGGCAUCCACAACUGGAUAUGUUUUUGGUGGUAAGCAAAUGUGGGGAUAUCCAAACUUCAUCAAGAGGGAGAAUUUGGAGAAGUCGGAGCAUCUCAAGGAUGAUUCUUUCACAAUCAGGUGUGACGUUGUCGUCGUCCAUGACAUCUGCACCAAACAGACCAGCACUCCAAAAUUUGUCUUUGUGCCCCCACCGGAGCUGAAUCAGCACCUCGGUGAUCUCCUCAAGACCGAGAAGGGCGCUGACGUUGUGUUUGAGGUAGGCGGUGAGAUGAUUCCUGCACACCGGUGUGUGCUCGCGUCGCGAUCUCCAGUCUUCAGCGCGGAGCUCUUUGGUGUGAUGAAGGAGGGCGACACAGCCGGUGUCAUACACAUAGAUGACUUGGAGGCACAGGUGUUCAAGGAGUUGCUCUACUUUGCCUACACUGACUCAUUGCGAGAGGCAAAAGAAGAAGAGGAAGAUAUCAUGUGCCAGCAUCUGCUCAUUGCGGCGGACAGGUAUAACAUGGAGAGGCUAAAGCUGAUUUGCGAGGAAAAAUUAUGCAAGUACAUUGAUGCAGGCUCUGUUCCGACCAUUCUAGCACUUGCUGAGCAGUACCACUGCAAUGGGUUGAAGAAGGCAUGCUUUGAUUUUCUCAGCUGCCCGGCACAUCGGAGGGCAGUCGUGGCCACUGACGGCUUCAAGAAUUUGUGCAAGAGCUUCCAUUCUCUUGUGAUGGAGCUGAUUGCCAUGCCCUCGCCACCUUAGCCGAGUGUUGCCCCGUAUUUUAGCAAUGGUAGUUCAUGGUUUCUAGAUGGUUGAUAUCAACUAGAUCUCUUGUUUACCAAUGUGUACUGGUAUGUGGACUUUGUGACUUAUGUUAUCAGGCAGUUAUCUUGUCAUGUGACUGUAUUAAGUAAUCAGGAAUGACUUUGUUAUCAGGUUUGCUUUAUGGAUUCAAACCCCCAAGACAUGAUUGUUCUGUCA